AUGACCCCUGCUCUCUGUACCGUACCAGACGUUCUCGCCAUCAACAGGAUCCUACGAUCCUCCUUCACUUAUUCGGAUCUCCUCUCAGCAGUCAACGGUCUAGUGUCAGGUCAAGGAUACAGAUACGUCACAGCACGUCGGCCCACCAAAUCAAAUCCAGUAUUCACCAUCCAAUGUGACCAUCAUGGUAAGAAGACUUCUUCUUCUUCCUUCAAAUCGGACUGUAAACAUCAAAUCACCUUCAAGUCUGGCCAUUCUUUGUUCAUCCAGCCCAGGUCGUUCUGGAAGAUUGAUUGGGAUUUAACCUCUGGCGAUCCUAGUAGUAGAAACGAUAAGUUCAUAGACCAUAAUCAUGGUCCGAAGAGUGCCCAUCCUGUAAGUAAAGGGAAAGGUAAAGGUAAAUUGAAGAGAAGAGCCAAAAGGAAAGAUGAAUAUGAGACAGAAACGGAUUCAGAUGGAUGGGAUGAGGAAGAAGAGCGAUACGAACUUCGUUCGGAGACGGAAUGGACCACCUCUCGCUCUUCUUCACUAUCUUCUACCUCCACUCCGACACCUCACAGACCUAGUCCUCCCUCUACCGCUUCCACUUCUCGCUCACAAUCAUCUAUGCAAACCCGAAGCUCUGCCAGAGCGAAAGCCAAAGGUCCAAAUACCAUGUCAGGACAGGUUGUCAUCAUUGAAGACUACGAUGAGCUGAUAGGAGCGGAAACCAAGAGUCAAAUCAAUACCAGCUCUUCUUCUUCAGCGCAGAAGAGCGAUACUGCCAGCAACUCUGCUUCGAAUAUCUCUCAAGGAAGUUCAUCAAAGUCCCCUAGAAAUUUAAUUUCUACUGACAAUAAUGGUACUUCUACUUCACUCAAAGAUAGUACUCCUACUCUAUCUCAAGAUACGGUCAAACCGACUGACAGAGUGAAUCCUACUCAUCCUCCCCUCUCAAAUGCAAGUCAGAGCGGACCUUCAAGCUCUCCAAAUGAUUCGAAAAUAUCUACCCCCACAUUUACUAACGAUGCUAACCAUGAGCAGAUCUGCGAGAUUGCAAGACUUCGCGAAGAGAAUGAACAACUCAAGAUCGGAAUUCAAGUGGAGACUACGAAAUGCAAAGAAGCGGAAGAAGUUCAAACACGCCUGAAGACUCUUCUUUCACAGGAGGAGAGAGCAAGGAGGGAAGCUCAAGAGCAAAGCCGGAAAUUGCAAUCAACGAUCAACGAGCUCAAGGAACAACUCAAACAAUUGAAAGACGACCUCUAUGCCGAAAGAUUCCAGAAGAAUGCUUUGAAGAGCGAUAUAAAAGAGUUGGAAGAGCGGGUCACGAUACUGGGCGGUCGGCUCAAGACUGAAAAAUCAGAAACAGCGAUACUAAAAGCGGAUUAUCGCAAAAAGGAAGAAGAGAAUAAUUUACUGACGAGAAAAAAUAAAUUGCUGAUUGAGAAGAUGGAAUCUGGAAAAGGUAGAUGUAAUGAUAUUCGACUUCAGGUCCAACUCAACGAUAGUGAAAACUUACAAAAAGACUUGGACGAAUCAAGAGCUGAAAAUGAAAAAUUGAAAGUGGAAUAUGAGAUCUUGAAAAUCGAAAAAGAAGCAUUCCGCUCGAAGAUUGAAAGGCUGGAAAAGGAGAAGAAAGACCUAAGAACUGCGAAUGACGAUAUCAAACGAAGUCAUCGAGCUAAAAAGCAAUUGGAAGAGCUUGAGAAGUCGCAAGCGGAGAGAUCGAGAAAACGGCAAGAGGAACAAAAGAAAAGAGCUGAAGAGGAAUUGAAGAGAAAACGAGCAGAUGAGAUGGAAGAGGAGGAGGCGGAGAGGACAAAGCGGAAACUACUAGAAGAUAUAAGGAAGGGGGAAGAUAGGUGUAAGGAGUAA